AUGAGUCAGGGAUUGACUGGUGCACCAGAGACGUAUGCCAGAAUGAAAGACUUGGCGAUGGGAAAGAUUCCGGAACCAUAUGGAGAACAGCGACUGUCAGAUGGGGAUGCGGGAUUCGAAUACUACAUGGACGAUGACAUGGGGGCAGCCAUGACGGUGAUGGAACUUCUGGUCUUCCUGUAUGAUCGGUAG